AUGCCUUUCAGGUCGCCAAAGCCAGUUUUUCAACCAGUUAAUGGAAGGAAGUUGCAGUCCAAGACGCAGCCCGAAAUUUCUCCGAUUCACGAAGAAAUUAUUCGUUACAUGGGAGAUGCGUGGAAUCGAGUUUCGAGGGAUUUACAAGCAUCCGAAGAAGCAGCCAAAAAUGGAAGUACUGAUCCUCCAAAAGUUGUUCGCUGGGAGCCUAGCUCAGAUGGUCCUCCUGAAGAGCGCCCGGUCGCGGUGCUCUUGAUGCAAUUUGGCCUUUUUUCUGUUGCGCAUCCCGAAGCGGUUGGAUGGUCGUUGCCCGUGGCAAGGUUUUCUUUUGACGCGUGA